AUGAUCGCAGCCUUGCUGGCGGUGGAUGUGGCAUCGUGGCCCGCGACGGCCGGCGCCGAGCCGACGGCACGCAUCCUCGUCGGCCUGGACGCGAAGGCAUUCUUCAAGCCCAUCGGGUUCCACGACGCCAAGUGGGGAGGCGAUACCUGCAGAUCUCCGAAACGGAUGCGUACGAGAAGGCUUCGCGUGGCUGGGUAUCUGGUUGAGAGGAGAGUUCGCUCCUCCUUCUCCCCGGACAGCGUCUUGAUGUCCCGCUUCAGGUCGCGGAUCUUCUGCUUGAGCUCCUUCGUCUCUCGCGUCUUCCUCCGCGCCAAGGUGCUCGACUCAGAUCGCGGCAAGGAGAAAUUGCCCACGGCAGACAAGCAAGAAGACAACCAGAUUGUCCUAGUCGUGGAUGUCACUGAGGCCGCCCGUCCCCGCAUCGUCCACGCCCUGCCGCUGUGCAACUCGGUCUAUGGUCCGCCGACCAAUAUCGCCAUCACGCCCGGCGGCCGCCUCGGCCUCGUGGCCAGCCCCAUGCGGAUCAUGCGGGAGGGCGCGUGUUGGGGGGCCGAGCCCGACGACCGGCUGCCCGUGAUCGAUCUGGCAGUUGAGAAGCCGGCCCUAGUAGAGUCGAUCAUGGUCGGCUGGCAGCCCUCCGGCCUCGCGAUCGGGCCGGACGGUGACGUGGCGCUCAUGGCCAACCGCGCGGGUCGCUCCAUCACCGUGCUGUCAAUUGAGGGGCGCAUGGUCAGGCCUGUCGCCGAGGUCGACCUGGGCGAGGAAGUCGCGGGCGUGGCGAUCGCGCCUGAUAGCCGCACGGCGCUCGCCGUGAAGAACAGGACGGGCUUCAUGGCGGUACUGCGCCUCGACAGCCGGCGGGCGAGCCACGAUCCCGCCGCCGACCUACCGGUGGGCUUCGACGUGUACAGCGCCGACUUCACCCCCGACGGCCGGCUGGCGAUCACCACUAACACCGGGCUCGCGAGCGACGGGCACGCCGACACCGCGAGCGUGAUCCGCUUCGACGGACUGCGCCCGCAGGUGAGCGCCGACGUCACCAUCGGCGACACGCCCGAGAUGCUGGCGAUCGCGCCGGACGCGUGCCACGCGGUCGCGGUCAUGGUGCGCGGGCCCUGA